UAACAGUUAACCCCAGCUAGAAGUUUCUCGGCAGUCUUCAGAGGGACCUUGCUGCUUCGAGAAACCCAUCCCCAUUUAAAGUACGUCAUCAAACGGUUCCUUUAAAGCGUCUGUAGGCGCUGUAAUGGCUCAAUAUUCAGGACCGAAUCAAUAUCAGAGUAUGAAAACACCGUCUCCAGUCGAAAUGAUGGCAACAAACGACCCUCUACCACCCGGGUGGGAGAUCAAAAUUGACCCGCAGACAGGGUGGCCGUUUUUCGUGGAUCACAACAAUCGCACAACGACGUGGAACGAUCCGAGGCAUGACACGAAAAAGAUUUUUUCAAAUGGCCGCUGCAUGACCUCAGAGCCUCCUCAGGACAUGAACAAAACCUUUAUUCAAGAUAUGAGGCAGCCAACACUACGCCAGGAUUACAUCUCCAUACCAGUAUCCCAUGAAAGCAUUGAACCCAGGCUGUACCAGUAUCCGAGUUUCUCUUACAUCAAUCCAGUAGUGCAGCAAACUUUGAGACAAGAUGGCCGCACACCUUCCCCAACUCCAGCGUCACACUGUCGGCCUAGAUCUCCGGUGCAGGCCCCAUCAGAGACAUGUUUGUCCUGCUCACCAGCCUCACAUGGACCUGAGGUUUCUCAACCACAGGAGACAUACCAACGAAUCAGUGGCCUUCAUCAACAGCCCCGACCCAGCAAUACAGGCCUGCGAACAGGCUAUAUUACCAUUCCGGUAAUCCACGAAGGUGUCUCCCAAUCCCCCACUUGCCAAAGUUCUUAUCCCACGCGAGAAAAAAUCCCAAUCUACCGCGAGCAAGUGCCAAUUAAAAUUCAGCAGAAUCGCACAGUAAGUCCCAGUCCAGUGCCCAUAAGGGCUCAGUCUCCUGUCAGGUCUCAGAUCAUGGGAGAGAGACCACAGAUCCAGCAACACAUUGGACCUAUAGGCAUACCACCUAAAGCUGACGUUGAAGAAACUGUGAGAGGACCUGCAGUUGAGAUGCCUAUUCAGAGAGAGGGCAAUUUUCCGCAGCCCACACAUCAGCCAGUACUAGAACAACAACAACAACCUACACAAACACCUCAGCCAAAAGCACAGCAGCCAGUACAGCAGCCACCGCAGGUAUCAGAGACAUCCAAUAUUACCAUACAAGUUCCUUCAACACCAGAACUCCACGAACCGUUCGCCCCUCAGACACCCGAAGAGGUUCCGCCUCCACCAGCACAACCCGAGCAGAAUCUGGAACAAGAUCUGAACCACCCAGGACUAGUCAAAGUGCAUCACAUAUUGGAACGUGUGGAGAAACUAUCGCAGGAGGUGAAGUGUUUCAAUGGAAAGAAGAAUGAUAAACGUUAUAUGAUGCUGGAGGAGAUGUUGACUAAAGAACUGCUGGCUCUGGACUCGGUAGACCCUGAAGGUCGCGUAGAUGUGCGCCAGGGUCGGAGGGACGGCGUCCGCAGAGUUCAGACCAUUCUUGAAGAACUGGAGAUGUUUGGGGAGCACUCCGACAGGUUGGCUGGUGACAUCUACCAUGAGAAUAAUAACUCAAUUCAGCAAGGAGUGCCAAGUAUGAUCGACCAGGAAAACACAUAAUUGCAAAAAUAAGAAACAAAUCUGAUAAGGACACUCGUCAAAUCCCAUUUCUUGUUUUCACUUGGGCAAUUAUUAUUAGUUGCAUGCACAAAUAAUUGGAAGUUUUCUGUUGGCGGUUGUCUAACAUGUGAUUUGUUUACAGAGUGCAAUCAUGUGUGCUGUUAUGUGAUGCUGCUGUUAUUGAAUUUCACCAUGCCAGUGUCUUGUAGCAUAGACAUAGUGGUAACAAAUUUUAUUGAAAACAUUUGAGGCCUUGAAACAGACGAAAGUAUUUUAACCUUCGAAAAUGUAUAUUUUGUACCACGUAGAAUGAAUAAUGCUGUUGAAUACUCCCAGAGAACACAUGUUGUUUCUGAAGUAGUGAGCAAUUUUUAAAAAGUAAACUGAUUAGAUUUUUCAUAUGUGGGUUAAGGUCAAUUUUACAUGAGUCUGAAUAGUCUCAUUUUGGUUUUGAAAUAUCAGAAGGCCUUUGUGUUUUAUAUAAUAUGAAUGCCUUGUUUAGAUACUACGUAUAAACAUUUGAACAUCAGGAUAAUAAUAUAUUGUUAAGAGUGAGCUUUGCUGACAGAAUUGCCUGUAACGGUUUGGACUCUUGUCAGUAUUUGUUUAAUGAUUCAAAUAAUGCUAUAUUUUUAUUCUAUUUUUCUGUGCCAAAUUCUUUCUAACUAUCCAAUAUUUAGAAAGGCAUCUAUAAAAGUGUAGAAUUUGAAAGAAAAUAACAUUUACAUUCAAAUGAUCUUCGAAUGUUUUCGCCUUAUGCGAGGUUCAGUCCAAAGUGGUGGUGUUUUUUUAACUGGAUAGUAACAUUAACAAUCCAGUUCUAUUUCUGUUGUGCCCUUGACCAAAGCAACUUUACAGCCGACUUGCUCCAGAGGGGCUAGCAAUUUGUGUAUUAAAAGUUACUUUGUACAGUGCAGUUUAAAAUAUUUAAAACCGAUUGCUGUCUGCCUCACAUGACUGUGGUGAGGCUUUAUUGCGAUAACCUGUUACAGGUUUUGAUGUAGUACCAAUACAUCAAAACCAGUUGCAGAGUAUGUUUUGUGAAAUUGUAUGCAAUGUUCAGUGUUCACAGCUAUUUGCAGUUUAAAUGUAGACACAUGGUCUCCCAUUACUGCAAAUAAAAUAUAAUAAUAAAUGCUGUUGAAAUUAAGUUGCAUGAUUUAUGAUUUACAACCUUUGUUUGGAAAACAUGUAAACUGUGUCUGGUAGGUGUGUAUUCAGUGCUCAGGAUGACUUUUGUAAGGAACAUGGAGUGACACAUGGAUAUGUAGGAACAAGUUUGUUUAUAUUCUAUGUAAUACAAUAUAGUUAUAGGAUGUGGUUUUUAUAUCAUGCUCCCCAAGAGUGGUCAGUGUAGAUGAAA